GCCACGAUCAUGAAUUCAGCAGAGUAGAGCGGCUUCAAAGUGAAGCACCUAUGUGCUGAAAUACAGGGCUUUGCUGUUAAAUGAGCAGGAAACACACACACAGUACCUGGUGCCUUAUUUUAAACCUUCAUCCAAGAUGUUGGAAUAUGAGAAUGAAUAUAUUGUAUGCGUGAAUAGUUCAAUCAGAAAGUUAUGGCAAAUGUGAUAAUGAUAACAGGCACAGGAAAUGUGGAAGCACUCGCGCAGACGUGCUGUGAAAUGCCGAGUGAGCAGAAUGACGCACUGAGAUCUGCAUUACUCUGUGAACACAGAGAGAGCAGUGUAUAAGAAGUGGUUUCUCCAACACGCUGUGUAUUAAUUCAGAAGGUACACAUUACCUGAAAUGCACCGUUCUGUGUGAGAUGUAUUGUGUUAGUGACAUACUGUAAAUACCGUGUGUCAUUGUUGUAUUCUUUGUGUUCUUCAGAGCAGUGGUUUUCCAGUGAGUGUUGGGACUGCCACGGUGGAUUGCAAGAUGAUUACUGGUGUAGAGAUAGAACAGAAAGCGUUUCACAGGACGGGCACAAGGACCAUGCGGACUCCUCAGACAGAGGGGGGCCGGGCUCUCGUUCUCCCAUGCACCAACCAUCGACUGACAUUGGCCACUGCUCCACAUUAAACACCCCGCAUUCAGAAAAAGAAAAGAGGAACCAUCUGACAAGAGCAGCAUCCACUGGUAGCUGCCUCACUGUCUAACGCGCUCAGCACGCCGCCAGCUCCGAAGCCACACAAACUAAACAGGGUGGGGAAAAAAUGGCCCAAAGUGAGAUGCAAAGAGGAAGUUUGAAGAGUGAGGAGUUCUUCUUUGAUUCCGAGGCGUCUCUCUUGGAUCAGCAAGAUUUCGACAUGUCUAGUUGCCCUUUCAAUGACGUCUUCAACUCCAAAGACUCCCACAUGGAGCAGAUCAACACUUUUCUGAAAAACGUACAAGUUUUGCUGGAAGCUGCUCGGUUUCUCGAGAGCGCCGAGAGGAAGGACGGAAAGUGUGAACACGGAUAUGCUUCGACGUUUCCAUCAAGUCCGAACACAAACUACCAGAGGCAAAGAAAAUUCCGAAAUAAGAAGUUUAGCAGUAACCACAAUAGGUCCACACACAAUGAGCUGGAGAAGAAUAGACGAGCUCACCUGCGGCUGUGUCUGGAGAGGUUGAAGGCCCUCAUACCCCUGGGACCCGACUGCAACCGGCACACCACCCUGGGCCUGCUCAACAAAGCCAAAUCACACAUAAAGAAACUUGAAGAGGCGGACAGGAAGAGCCAGUACCAGCUGGAGUCUCUGGAGCGGGAGCAGAGGCACCUCCACCGCCAGCUGGAGCUGCUGAGGGGAGGCAGCGGUGCUGCAGCCCAGAGCAGCCCCGGGGAGGGAGAGAGGAUACGCAUGGACAGCGUGGGCUCCACCCUCUGCUCCGACCGCUCUGACUCGGACCAAGAGGAGAUCGAGGUGGACGUGGAAAGCACGGAGUUCUCCCAUGGAGAGCUGGACAGUGUGAGCACAGCCAGCACCAGCGACCUGGACGACCACAGCAGCCUGCAGAGCAUGGGCAGCGACGAGGGCUACUCCUCCUGCAGUGUCAAACUUGCCUUCUCCUCCUAAAGCCCCCACUACCACUACCACCACGCACCUCCUCCACCUCCUCCCUGCCAAACCUCGCCCGCCCUCCCAUCCGUUCGUCCAUCCAGCCAAUGCCUACGUACACACACACACACACGGUCACCUCUGACGAUAACGGCCACGCCCCUGCUCCUGAGCAGCGCCCCCUCCUCCUCCUCCAGCUCCUAGCCUUUAGUUCCCCUCCUCUCCUCCUGCUCUGCUGGACCCACUGAUGGAGGAGCUCCACUGAGAGCUUUUCCUCACUUCUGAACGUUGAGCCUCCCCGACCAACACCGACAGCAGGGACCCAAACAAACACAUGAUGGGAAACUGCCAAUUGAUUUUAAUCUUCUUUUAAAAGGGAGAUCAGAGACUUGGUUGACAUGAAAAAGAAAAAAAAUACACAUUUUGAUUUUAAAACCCACACAAUUGAAAUUAAUAGUUUCAUUUCUUUUAUUUCCUCAAACUGUCGUAUGUCUGACAUUUUUGUGAACAUACGCAACCCCUGAUUUGAUCCAAAAUGCACUUAAAUUCAUAUGAUAUUGAAAUAAUUCUUUCUGUUCGGUUCUCUCUCCUGUGGUGUGUGUGUGUGUGUGUGUGUGUGUGUGAGGAGCUCGUCCUGUGUAAACCUCUUUAACUCUCUGGUUGUUGGGUCUGGAUAAACAGGAGCACAUCUAAUCUGGACUAUAAUCAACACUGUGGGUGAACUUUGCUACAUCAACACAGCUGACGUCCCUCGAGCCCCGAGUUUAAACCUCGUCUUAUUGUUUUUUCAUUACCUCUGCUUCGACAACGCAGAAGCACUCAUAAUGGUGCUAUUGUGGAACAGACCCGACGGGGAGGCCGAUCAGAGCCACCGCCACGAAGCUUUUAAAGCCAAACACCGAGCAUGGAGGAAAACAACCUGAGAAAAUGGAGGGAAAAAAACAAACAACAACAUUCCUGUCGAAUGUGGGUGCUCAGUGCAUUUUCAAAGAGUAGAAAUUGUAACUUGUGUGUUUUUGUUUUGGUUUCCCUCCCCUCGACAAGCAGCUAAGCUAUCCUGCACUUGCCUACUUUAGAGCUGUCCGUAGAAACGGCACAAAAACAACAGCAACAAUGAAAAAGUCCGAACAACAACAAACUUUGGAAUAGAUGUCCAUCCUCCUUCCAGCAGUAACAAGCAAUAACUCUUCAAGUCCUUUUUGUCUCGUCAGUUUGAACCCCCCCCCCCCCCCCUUUUUGUUUUCUUCUUCUCUUCUCCCCUGAAAGACUGUGUGACCGUCCAAAAAGCUAAUUUCUUUUGUUUGUUUUGUACAUACAAAUAGCUAAAUGAAUUAAACCUUUAAAAAGGAUUUUUUGUUUUUAAAUGAGUUCAUGGAUAGAACUAUUGCCUCUGUUGCUGUUUGACCUGUGUUUAUUGUGCAUUUUAAAUUCCAAUGUUGGAAAGAUUUUAUCCUCUCCAGAGUGGCGGUGGAUGGGGAAUAGACACUAUUAGUUUGUUCAGUUUGCAGGUGGACACUUUUACAAGUUGCUCAUCCUGUUGCUGCCCUGAGAAGGAAAAGAAAAGUUACUCUAUGAAGUGAUUUAAAAAAACAACACAGACAGAGCAACUUCCCAUCCAUGACUUCUGAUGGAGAACGCAGAGUUUGUGUGGCACUCUUUUUUUUAUUUAUUUGACUUUUUCCCUCUCUUGUUUAUAAUAUUCAUAAACUGGGAGAGGGGGGGGGGGGGGGGGGGGGGGGGGGGCUGUGUAUGGCAUUCCACUGGUGGUGAGGUGAUCUGUGGAGGAACGUGUGGGGAGAAGAAAACGGGUUGUGUGAUGUCAAUGUUCCACCACACCAUCCCAACUCCACUGGCAUUAAGAAUUGCACUUCCGCCACAGUUCUCUGUAUUUUACUUUAUUUUAUUCUCUCUCAUGGAUCUCACAUGAAUCCUUUUGUCUGUGAAAGAAAACAAAAAAAAAAUACAACACCUCCCUUUUAAAUAUUUAUUUCUCGAUCCCUCAAAGGACACGAGCAACGGGGUAAAAAGAAGUUAACUUAUUUUGUUUCUGUCUUAUUUUACUCCUCUUUCUGAUGCUUGUAUAUUCCUCAUUCCUUCUUUUAAAAAUUGUAUAUUUGAUGGCUUUUUUUUUUUUUUUUGUCAAUUGUUUUUGGGUGGGGAGGGUGGGAGGGGAUAAGAAAUGUAGCCAUUUUGUUUUCCUGAUGUUUUAUUCGAUGGACACUUGAAAUGUAAUUGGCCCCUAAAGCUGCUCCUAGUGCUGAGCCUCGCCUGUUUAGAGUCGCCCCGACAACACGCUAUGCCUGUUACCGUAAACGCUAACCGAAAACAACGGGAUAGACAGAAUGGCUUCCGUACGACGCGAGGCGAAACAUUCGCCAUCUUGUUUGUAUGUUAGCCAGGUCUGUACUUGAAAGGGGGGGUCAUCUCUGCACAAGACUUAUCGAUAGCCGAAGACUUUACCGGCAACUAUUGAGCCGGCUACUACACGAUAACAGGGGUCUAAAACUCCACUUUCCUCUAUCAGGAGGAUUGUAGUCUCUAUUAGACUUGUUUCAGUUGACAAAAUGUGUCUUACAUUUACAAUUCAAUGCCUCCGACUGAGCAUUUAAAGAAAUAAUAAACGGAACAAGAACAAAUCCUUUGGUUCCUCUGAAGGACGUCAAUAAGGUGUAGAGUUUGACAUGUGAGCUCUUUGCGGAGCUCUGUUGAGGUUGUUGGACUUGGCACUGAAUCAGAAAGUAUCCGCUUCUGGUGCUUGAUUAUAUGAAAAAAAAAAAGAAAAUGCCAAAACCACCUCAGAACACCUCAGUGUCCUCUCUCUUUAUCUCUCUCUCUCUCUCUCCCUCCCUCUGAGGGACAGUUUACAUGUAUUCUACCCAUGUUUAAGUUAUUAACCUUCAGCUCUUUUUGUUUUUAUGAACCUGCACUGCUGGCAGGAGAAAAGAAAAGUCCCGUGUUUUGACGACAAAUGAAUUCCACUCCGUGUGCCGACCGGAAUCGCAUCCCAGUGGUGUUUUAACCUGCUCAGAGUACAAUAUAUUUUUACUGCAUUUGGGACAAUAGUGUUGUUGUUUAUCACUGAAAUGUGUGAGAACUGUCUGGCACUCAUUGUAUCGUCUCAUGUGGCAAGCUAAUCUGAUGUUGUAUUCCCAGAUGGGAUAAAUCCAACUUUAAGAACUGAUUUUACUGAAGCCAGGUCUGUCCUCUCUCUUAUGUGAGCGUACAGUAUGUGUGUGUGUGUGAGAGAGUUAGUGUGUGUGCGAGUGCUCGAUGAUCUUACCAAGGCUGAGCUUUAGAGAGGCACCUGGUCCAUGACUAGUCUGCACUGAUCUCGGUUGGGCCGAUUCCCACCUGCUGCUCGGUAAACAUCAGACUUCUGCACAGUAUUUGUCAAGAAAAGACAAAUGCAUCCAGGCAAUGCUGUAGGUUACAAACAAUAGCGUAUCUUCAUAAGCUGGUGUUGACAAAGCUACGUCUGUACCCCCCCCCCGUGUUUAAGGUUAGGUGUAGACAAGAUGUGCGUGUCUCGACUGGUUCAGGUUCACUCUCCGGGAGCGUUGAGUUCCAGUUUCACAGCUCGGCCUGAUGUCUGCCGGUCGCGACUGAAGUGGAAGCUGCAGUGUCUUUUUGUAAACCACACUCCAUCCUGGCGUCUCGGCAUUGAGCGAAGCGGAGUCCAGGAGGUGAACCAAACGAGCAGCCCCCGUAGGGAGAGUCGUCCUGUUGUUCUGAACCUGUGGCCAUCCUUUGUAAAACAUGCAGUCUGAUGAUGAUUCUAGCCGUGUAAGUUGAGGAUGCAAUACUUCAAAUAAAAAAAACACCAAGAUUUUCAAACCUGAA